GAGAUACGGGCCGACGGUGCGGAGGAGGUGGCAUUGGCAGUUUCUCGUCGAGUGAGAGAGAGGCGAUCAUUCUCCGCGAUCGCUCUCGCGACAGCAGUGUCGUCGCGUUCCUUUUUCCACGUUCUCCCCCGGCGAGCGGGAGAACGGCGACGCGACACGACACGACACGACGCGACGCGACGCGAGGUGACGUGACGCGAGGACACGCGCCGCGGUGUCCCGGUGCUCGCGGAAGGAAAGAAGAGGAGACCCGCGCGCGCGAAAGAAGAGAGGAGGCUGCCUGCUACUUCUGCUGUUGCUGCUGCCGUGGUAAACAUGUUACGUUCGCGCGGCGGCGACGGCAACGGCAGCGAGAGGAGAACGUUUGUCAACGUGGGACCAUGGGCCAUCGCCGUCGCUGCCAAAUAAGUCCGCGCGCACGAACAUGGCCUCGUCUACGAGGAGAUCCUGGAAGCUCCAGGAAUUUGUCGCCCAUACGCCAAACGUCAAUUGCUUGGCGUUAGGCCACAAGUCAGGUCGUGUCCUGGUUACUGGUGGUGAUGAUAAAAAGGUGAACCUAUGGGCGGUUGGCAAGCAGAAUUGUAUUAUGAGCCUGAGUGGCCACACCACUCCCAUAGAAUGCGUGCGCUUUGGUCAAACGGAGGACCUUGUAUGUGCGGGGUCGCAGACAGGCGCGCUCAAGAUUUGGGACCUGGAGCACGCCAAGCUGGCGCGCACGCUGACAGGACACAAAUCCGGGAUACGUUGCAUGGACUUCCAUCCUUAUGGGGAGCUGCUGGCGUCUGGGAGUCUCGACACCGCGAUCAAAUUGUGGGAUAUUCGCAGGAAAGGUUGCAUCUUUACGUACAAGGGACACAACAGGAUCGUGAAUAGCUUGAAGUUCAGUCCUGACGGGCAGUGGAUUGCUAGCGCUGGGGAGGAAGGAAUGGUCAAGCUGUGGGACCUAAAGGCCGGUAGACAACUAAGGGAAUUUUCAGAACACCGUGGGCCGGCCACGACCGUCGAGUUUCAUCCGCACGAAUUCCUAUUAGCCAGCGGUAGUGCGGACCGAACGGUCCACUUCUGGGACUUGGAGUCGUUUCAGCUCGUAUCUUCCACGGAGCAGAGCCAUUCUUCGGCUAUUCGGUGCCUGUACUUUAGUCAAGGAGGGGAAUGCCUAUUCGCCGGUAGUCAAGACGUUUUAAAGGUUUAUGGCUGGGAGCCUGGCAGGACCCUCGAUACGAUACCUACCGGUUGGGGAAAAGUCCAAGAUAUAGCCGUAGCUCAAAAUCAAUUGAUCGGCGCAAGUCUUCAUACUGCUAAUGUCGUUCUGUACGUGUGCGAUUUAAAAAAGAUUGCUCCGCUGGGAGGAAUAUCCGCCGUGAGUUCGCCAUUCAGUCAUGGAAAUUCCCUGAGGAAGAGCUUUUCCAAGGAACGACCGAUCGGAUUGAAGAAACAUACGUUGAACGUGCGAACGAUAGAAGAGGCAGACAAAUCUGGUACUGAUCCGGAGGAUGAGGCCACCUACGCGGAUAUACCCAAUGUAACCGACUACAGGGACAUAUUUCAACCGAGCAAGGCGUUGUCUCGCACACCACCUCCUGAACCCGAGGCUUUCCAGGAGCCUCAGGACAUAGAUCCGGCGCAGCCGCAGAUACUGCAAAAUCUCUCUACCUCAAUGUCGAACUUGAACACGAUGGAGCGCGAGGAGGUGUCGUCGGUGCCAUCCCCCUCUUCGUCGUCCCCGCCGUCGGCACCCGCGUUGUCCCUGGCGAAACCGAUGCCGGUGCGCGUUCAGCCGAUCAAAUCAUCGCCACCGGUGCAGCGAAACUCGAUCACGCCGACGAGCCAGAUUAGAGCGAAUUUGCAGGCGAACAAUAGCCUGAAUCAACGAGCUUCGUCUAAGAACUUUGCGUCGAUACCGCCGUUGCGGCAAAAUAUCACGCCGUUACCGGGAAAAAGGGUGGUAGCUACCAACGAGCAAGCGGUGCCGCCUCAACCCUUGGGACCGCAAAGGUCGAACUCGACCCUGACGCCGCGCGUGGCGCCGAUGGCCGCGGUGAUCCCCGUGAUGGACAACGGCAAGUUGAAGAACCGAGUACCCAGCCCGGAUUCCCCGAAACAUUACCUGAAGAGGCAGAGCAGCAGGGAUGGGGAGCAAGGAUACGAAAGCGACUACCCUGUACAAAUUAAUAAUAUAAGACACAGUCCCUCGGAUCCUGCGCUGAAUAGGCCGAACACGGCGCAGUUGAGGUCGACAUCGCUCAACCGAAAUUUCGCUACCUCAACCGCUAUGUUAACGCGCAACGCUUCCACAACCACGUCAUCAUCGUCCGCAAGAAAGCUACCUAAUAAGGCCCAGAUCCCACCGAAUCCUAAGAUCGACAUACGCGUCUCACAGAUAAGGAGCAAUGUUGAGACUGAAACGGAGAAGGAGGAAUUGAUACCGAUGAGCGCUGACAAGCCUUACGGUUUAGACGUGGAUAAUUUCUUACCGCAUAGUUACACCGGUCCCACGGCACUAGGCUAUCCCCAGAUGGGCGUGCUGACAGAAAUGUCGGAGGCUGAGGUGUUGAACAACUUGAUGCGCAGUCACGACUCAAUGAUGGCGGUACUUAAGAGUCGGCAUCGCUCAUUACAGAUAAUAUAUUCGCUCUGGCACAACAAGGAUCUCAAGGCCGCGGUGGAAUCUGCAGUCGCGAUGAACGACCUGGCGGUCAUUGUGGAUCUUCUGGGUAUUCUUACAUUAAAACCGUCGAUGUGGAACUUGGACUUGUGCAAUUCCUUAUUGGGUCCUAUCAGUGAUCUCUUUCAGAGUAAAUACGAGAUGUAUAUAACAGUAGCUUGCUCGGCAUUGAGACUUAUUCUUCGCAAUUUCGCCCCGGUGAUAAAAUCCAACGUGGAGGCACCUCUUCACACGAUCGGCGUUGACGUGUCACGAGAGGAACGGUAUCACAAGUGCCUUUCCUGCUAUGAGAAGCUUACGGCAAUACGGGCAGUCUUGCUGAAGAAGCAGUCGACGCCCGGCAAACUCGGCGCUUCAUUCCGCGAACUGGCGGUGCUCAUCAGGAGCCUCGAGUGACCUCGAGAAUGGCGUCAUCUGAGACCUUCGUGAAUUCAACCGCCAGUAUCGUCCUCGGUUGGACGACCUUCCUUUAGUUUCCUCUCGAUGAUCGGCCUAGCAGUGGCGAAAUGAGGUUCGCGUUGUGGCUAUCAAACGGAAGCGAAACAAAACUUCGUCGAGGAGCAGCAAUGGGACCACGGUCCGCCAUCGAGAAAGCGUCCGUACGAAAACGCAUUUCUGCUCUUGCUGUCACUUUGUUCCAUCGUCCUCGGUUGAUCCGUUUGCUGACUGUUUCCUCCUCGUCGUUAUCCCCUCCCCUCCCCAGUCGCGUAUCGAUUCUUGGAGAAAGCGAAUAAAAUUGCAACACGUUCGUUAUUUAGUCGGACUAGUCAUCAUGCGAUUUGUCAUCAUUGAUAGAGAAAAAAAAAGAAAAGAGAAAGAGGAACGUCGACGUGAAGGCAUGGAAAGAAAGAAUCCUAUGUGAAGAAAACUUCUGAAGUUAAACGAGAGACGAGUGAAAGCGAGGAAAGACGUUGUCGCCACACAUAUCUAAUAUGAUACUGAAACAUCAGGAUUAAACAUUGAUCAGUUUUAAAAACCGCGUAGAUUCUUAAAAAUAUUUUUAGAACAUUUCUUUUUGAUUUUUCUUGAAAUUCAAAUUGAUGAAGUUAAAUUGUUUAGGAAGUCUGGAAAUAUAAUCCUGUUGUCAAUGUGAUGUUUUAAAAACUUAUAAAAGCACAUAUCGAAGUUUUCAAAUAGCUAUUUAAAUCAAACGAAAUUAAUUCAUGAAAAUAAAAGUAUGAAUUAACCAUUUGACAUGUUCGUAUAUCUUUACGCUCAAUUAACAAAAUCUUUAAUUCUAUGAAUAAAGUAACAAGUAACACGAAAUAAGAAUACGAAAUGGAUUUAGCAAAUCCCGAUGCAUCAGUAUAUCGAUUUUUGAUUCACGUGGAAAUUAACCGGGAGAGAUAUUUCGAGCGAGCGUCAAAUCGCGCAGAACAAAAUAAAGUCUCGCCGAACAAUGUUUUGUGCCCUUCUUGCCACAAAUCACACAAAUAUCAAACAAUGUUUCAGCUGAAAUCAGCCUCAAUGAUGAAACGAUGAGCGCGACAAUUAAUACGAUUCAAUGAAAUAAAACGGAGCGUAACGUAGCGUGUAACACACCUUUCAUAGCAUACGAGAGAAACUGUAUUUUUGCAAGAGGUAUUUGCGCCUGUUUACUAAUAAAACAAGCCUAACGUAGGCGUAGAUACCUUGAUCCUAUUAAGACAAAGUCAUAAGAUGUAAUAGGUGAUGAGAUGAGAGAGGGAGCUUAAACGGGAGCUUGUACGCGUUUGAAAAAAUAGAAAGAGGAUAAAAAAACAAUUAAAAGAAACGGGGAAAGCGUCUGUCGAUGAACGAUUGGUUUUUUAUAUUCAUGUUUAAAUUAUUUUUUAUGAUAGCGCUCGUGGAUCGUGAACUGCAUGCAUUUUGUUCCGAUGUUUGCGAUUACCUAAUAAUUUCACAGAGCUAAAUAUAAUAGAAAUAUUGUUAAUAAAGCGUUGAUGCGGUGACGCUAUUAUAUACGCGCCAUAACGGUGCACUUUUAAAGAUUUCCGAACAAUUUUUUAUACACUAUUUUUGUCGCCAAAUGAACAUUUUAAUUAGGAUACGGAAGGUACGGAAAAGCAAAGUGAAUACAUCCUGAAGACACAUUUUGUAAGACAUUUUUGUGUCAUUUUGUGAUCUCUUUGCGUUUUGUCGUUUUGCAAUUUCGUGUCGUUGAACGUAAUUAAAAGGCGGUGACUGCGUGCGACGGUGAGAUCAAGCAGUAUUAGUUUAUAAGCGUCGCACUUAUUAACUCGUGUUGUAACGUAAAAAGGAAGAGCAGUCUAUAUUUUGAUAUUUCACGCGCAUGAAAGUCGGAUCAGUAUUCAGUCCGAAACAGUAUUUAUCGUGGAAGUAUUUUUUUAUAUAGAAUUCACUAUAUUUAUAUACUAUAUUCUACACAUUUAAUGUCAAACUGUGGCUCUUGUAAUUCCGAGGUUUAACUGCCUAAUGUAAUGAGAUAAUUCGCUUCGCGAAAUAUUUUUGGAAUUCAAUUUGCACCGAGGGAAAUAACGUCGCUGCCUUUUAAUCUCGUGACAAUAUUUUUCGCAUAUUGCGACUUUUAAUAUUCCGCUUUUGGAAGUUUUAAUGUUCCGCUUUUUGUUAUGGUGAUCGCGUCAUGCGACUCGCUAUUUGAUGUAGAAUUGGAAGAGAUCGAAGCAAGAUAACUGCGGUUCAGAACACUCUUCGUAUUCAUGUUCUUCAUUUUUAGUUCAUUUUUACUGCUAAUUUUAUGUAUUAUUUAAAUCGUUAAUUAAGUCAAUCACGUCUUCUGUUAAUCGAAUCGAUUGUUCAGCUUUCCCUUCCAAUGUAGCGGGAGGCGAUCCUGAAAUCGCUGCCAUUACAUACAAAUGCAAUACUCGAGCGUGCGAUCGUCUCCCACGCAGCGAGACUUACAUUUGCGUUUUCUCGAGGAAAAGAGAACACAUGUACGUUAUUGCACGUGAAUGAGAGGAAAGAAGCGCCCCAGGAGAGAUAUUACAAGUUUCGACAUUGCCUCGAAGUGUUAUGUAAUAAAGCGUACAACUCUUUCGUUAAUUUUACGUCUCACGUAUUUCUUUUUUUUUUCUUUUUUGUACAGCGCGUCACUACCAUAUGCCUCCGCAACAAUAUUCUACCUUUUCGCGUUAGAAAAGGAUUUCCAUUAUAGAUCCACGAGAAGAUAAACAAUCGUAUUAAAGGGAAUAAAAUCGGUUCGAUUUAUUUAUGACGCUAGAGUACGUUAGAGAGGAUACUUCUAAGCUAACAGCAAAAAUCAAAGGGAACGAACAGAAUUUCGAGAUAAAGACAUUCAAGAUAUAAUGAGAAUUGUAAGAUUUGGUAGGAAAUUCACCAUUUUCCACGGAAGCGGAAAAAUUCGAUCACGGCAAGAGCUGUGAAAGGUGAUUUGUUUUCUAUUUUUAUAUAUAUACGGGUAAUUCUUAUUAUAUUCAUCGAUACUAUCGCGUUGUCCUUUUGGGUCGCGAGAAUCACUUUGCACACGCUUAAAGCCAUCUAAUAGCACCCUUAGCACGGAUAGACUUCUUUCGCGAAUUGCAGUCUGCCAAGCGUUUUCGCGAAAUGGCGAAGGGAAGAAGAGCUCAAGCCUCCAACCGGAUGGCCUAAUUCGCCUUCGAAACGGGGGUAAGAAAAUUACGAGGAUACUCGUUGUCUGUUCCGUCCAACUUAUUUUUAUAAGGGAGAGUGUGAAAGAAAAUACGAGAGAGAAAGAGAGAAUGCAUCUCGCAUGCGUGUGUUUCUUCGAAUGCUCUUUUAAACUUAUUGUCCUUUAAUUUAUCGCUCCGAUUGGUAGAAACUGCCGAUGUUAGCUUACGCUCAUACGUCACGUGAUAUCGAUCAUGAUCCACGGUCUCGAGCGAGAAUCGCGUCCCGAGCGUCUUAACUUUGCUCCAACAGUCGUUUAUCCAUUCGACGUGUAAUCCCAAACAUGGAACUUGCGCCUCGCAAGUUUCCACGGCCUGUCAUUGAACCAUUCUUAUAUGUUACUUUUAAAUAACAAAUUUUAUUACUGUUUUACCCGAUUACACUUAGUCUACUGCGCGUUAUCGCUGUUUUAUUUUAACAUUCUCGACUUUUAUUUUGCGUCGAUUGUGUUAUUUAAACGGAAAUAUAAUAAAUCGUGUUAUUUAUUCUACCCUCUGUUUUUUUCCUUUACAUUUCCUCCAUUGUUUUAAACACGACGAGUGUUCGUCAUCACGUUAUAGAAUUUGGUGAGAAUAUUAGCGAGUGCGAAUUGGCAAAUAACAUUUGGCCUGUUCUUUUUCGCUGCACUGAUGCAAUAAAUUGGAGUAAGAAAAACUAUUUUUAUCUUAUUUUUUAAUCUGUUGCACCGAAAAAGUGCAGCGAAAAAGAACAAGCCAAUUGAUUGGUGGGCGAGGUAUGAGCGUUGGCUGUUACAGCAUUUUAAAGAUAUACCUCCGUGUAUUUCACGACAAAAGCUAGCACCAAUUAGUGGCAAUACAUAAUGGCUACAUAUAUGUAUAUGUACAUACAGAUUGCUUACUAUAUUAAGAAUUGUAAAUGUAUGUAAUAUAUAUACAUAAAUAUAAAUAUGUCAAUAGAAUUAUUUAUAUUAUAUAUAUUAUAUACAGUUCUUAAUAUAAAUAUAACUUUGGAAAGCGACUUUAAGCAAUGGACGAUCAUGCGUUUUAUAUCGAUAUUGUGAAUACGCUCCAUUCUGUCGGGAUUCUAUUUUGUAUUCGCGCAAGACUGCAAUACUUGUAAUCAUGCCUAUCAUUUAUCUAAAAGAAAUAUAUGAGGGAGUGUUCGUUUUCAUAUCGCAGAAACGAAUUCAACGACUUGUUCUUUGCUGUUCGAAUUAGUAUUAUUAAAUAUAUCUUCACUCGACCUGGGAUGAACACAUCGCGACUGUACAUAUUCCGUAAAUUUCAUGCGAGGAAAAGGAAAGGGAGGUCCUUCGGUUCGCUUCGCUGUAUAUUUUUCGUUCGUUCUAAUUUCACCCAGCGAGAUCCAACGCUUCAAUGUUCAACGGGAUAUUUAUAUUGUAUAUAACAAAACUCCAUUUUGUAACUACGAUUUAAUUAGCCUGGACGGGCUCGCCAUUAAUUAUCUCGUGAUCGACAAAGGGAGAUUGUCCCAGGACAGAAUUCAUCGAACCUCGCACACAACUGCCUUAUUAACAAUUAUCUUGGAGACUCAUUUUCACACGCCGAUUUGCGUGUUAAUCAACUUUAGCUGUUAAGUCCAUUUAUCCUGUUCGCAAUCGUGUACGCGUUAAUUGCAAUAAUAAUACUCUUUAACAAAAA